AGCAGAUGCUAAAGGAGACCAGAACUUUUACACAGACAAUGUCUGAAGUGUACAUGUACCUGUGUUGUUUUAUUACUUUGUCUUUGCUGCCAUCAGGCUUUACCAUGCUCCGAGCCUUUAGUCACACAAACGGUAGGUGUGUGUUCCACCACGCUAAGUGUUGGCAUCAUCGUAAGUCUGUGCUGGCAAUCAGGAGGGAAGAUGUCAAUGCUUGGGAAAGAAGAGCACCUCUAGCACCAAAGCAUGUUAAGGAGUUGACAAAGAUGGGAUACAAGGUCUUGGUGCAGCCGUCAAACCGGAGAGCCAUCCAUGAAAAGGAGUAUGUCAAAGCAGGUGCCAUUAUUCAAGAAGAUAUUUCUGAGGCUUCUCUGAUAAUUGGUGUGAAGAGACCUCCAGAGGACAAAUUAAUCCCUAAAAAGAACUAUGCCUUCUUCUCUCACACUAUUAAAGCCCAAGAGGCAAACAUGCCACUUUUGGAUGAGAUUUUAAGACAGGAAAUUCGACUGUUUGACUAUGAAAAAAUGGUUGAUCAUAAAGGAAUGCGAGUUGUGGCCUUUGGAAAGUGGGCUGGUGUAGCAGGAAUGAUCAACAUUCUACAUGGAUUGGGUUUACGGUUUUUAGCUCUGGGUCAUCACACUCCUUUCAUGCACAUUGGGAUGGCACAUAACUACAGGAAUAGCAGUCAGGCUGUGCAGGCAGUACGGGAUGCCGGGUAUGAAAUUUCACUGGGACUGAUGCCAAAGUCUGUGGGGCCCUUAACAUUUGUGUUUACGGGCACUGGUAAUGUUUCUAAGGGUGCUCAAGAACUGUUCAGUGCUCUCCCAUGUGAGUUUGUGGAACCACAUGAGUUAAAGGAAGUUUCCAGAUCUGGAGAUCUCAGGAAAGUCUAUGGAACAGUGUUAAGUCGUCACCAUCAUCUUGUAAGGAAACGUGAUGGACAGUAUGAUCCAGUAGACUAUGACAAACAUCCCGAAAAUUACAUUUCUCGCUUUCACAUUGAUGUCGCACCCUACACAACUUGUUUAAUUAAUGGCAUUUACUGGGAGCAAAAUAGUCCUCGCUUGCUGAGUCGGCAGGACACUCAGAAGCUGCUGGUGCCAGUUAAAUCUGCUGCUGGUGCAAUGGAUGGCUGUCCUGAAUUACCACACAGACUUCUGGCCAUAUGUGACAUUUCAGCAGAUACUGGAGGAUCUAUAGAAUUUAUGACUGAGUGUACAACAAUUGACAACCCAUUUUGUAUGUAUGAUGCUGACCAGCAUAUUACUCACGACAGUGUUGAAGGCUCGGGGAUUCUGAUGUGUUCCAUUGACAAUCUGCCAGCUCAGCUUCCUAUAGAAGCAACAGAGUACUUUGGGGAUAUGCUUUUCCCUUAUAUUGAAGAGAUGCUGUUAUCAGAAGGCUCAGAACCUCUUGAAAAACAGAAUUACUCACCUGUUGUUCGAGAUGCAGUGAUUGCAUCCAAUGGCUCCCUGACACCUAAGUAUCAAUAUAUCCAGAAACUGAGAGAGAGCAGGGAACAGGCUCAGUCACUGAAGAUGGGUGAUGAGAAGAGGGUUUUGUUGCUUGGAUCUGGCUAUGUUUCUGGCCCUGUGCUUGAAUAUCUCACUAGAGAUUCCAACAUUGACGUCACAGUUGUAUCUGUCAUGAAGGAGCAACUUGAACAACUGACAACGAAGUACAGAAAUGUUACUCCAGUUCAUAUGGAUGUCCUUAACCAUGAGGAAAAGCUGUCCUCUUUGGUGAAAAAACACGACCUUGUGAUCAGUUUGCUGCCUUAUUCGGCACAUCCUUUUGUUGCUAAGAAAUGUAUUGACAACAAAGUGAACUUGGUAACAGCCAGCUACUUAACACCAGCCAUGAAAGAACUUCAGGAGAGUGUAGAAGCUGCUGGUAUUACAGUUGUCAGUGAAAUGGGCUUGGAUCCUGGUCUUGAUCACAUGUUAGCGAUGGAAUGUAUUGACAAGGCGAAAGAAGUUGGUGCUACGGUUAUAUCGUACACUUCUUUCUGCGGUGGCCUACCAGCUCCAGAGCACUCUGACAAUCCUCUGAGAUACAAGUUUAGCUGGAGUCCACAAGGAGUGUUGCUGAAUACAGUUCAGUCUGCUACAUAUUUAAAAGAUGGAGAGAUUAUCAAUAUUCCACCUGGAGGAGCUUUACUGGAUUCUGUUACUCCAAUGGAUUUUUUCCCAGGAUUAAACCUUGAAGGUUUUCCUAACAGAGACAGUACAAAAUAUGCUGAGCCAUAUGGUAUUCAGACAGCUCGCACUUUACUGAGAGGCACUUUAAGAUACAAAGGGUACUCCAGAACUAUGGGGGGCUUUGUAAAACUCGGAUUAAUUAAUCCAGAUCCUUAUCCUUUGCUAAACUCAGCUAAGCCACCUCUAACCUGGAAAGAGCUCAUGUGCAAACUGGUUGGAAUUAAGUCACCUGCUGAGCCCGAUGUUCUUAGAGAAGCUGUAUUUAGCAAACUGGAGAAGGACAAAAGUCAGCUGGAAGCAGUGGAAUGGUUAGGUUUAUUGGGAGAUGAACUGGUUCCAGCAGCAGAUUCCAUUGUAGGGGCUCUUGCAAAGCACAUGGAGACGAAGCUACCCUUUGGAGCUGGAGAGAGAGAUAUGAUUGUUAUGAGAAGUGAAAUAGGUCUCAGGCAUCCUUCUGGCCAUUUGGAAGACAAAUUUAUUGAUCUGGUGGUCUAUGGGGAUAACAAAGGAUAUUCUGCAAUGGCUAAAACAGUAGGAUACCCCGCAGCUAUUGCUGCUAAAAUGGUUCUAGAUGGUGAAAUAACUGCCAAAGGCAUGGUCAUACCUUUGACAAAGAAUGUUUACGGGCCAAUACUUGAGCGCGUUCGGGCAGAAGGCAUUAUGUACAGCACUCGCAGCGUUAUCAAACAGUAACUGAAAACUGUGGAUUUAAUCAGGUUUUGGCCUCCUUUGGUUCCCCCACCUCCCCUUCUAGAAUCUCACUUUGGACCAGCUAAGGGCAUUUAAGACCUGCCAUUUCAUACACAAAUGUUGCCUUCCAUAAAACCCGCCACAAGGCUUGAUGUAGAAACCAUAGAUACUCACAGACUGUGAUAUUUUCCUCUUAAAAUUCUUAAACUUCUAUGUACAUGUUUCAGCAUCAAUCAGAACUUAUAUCUUUUCUAAAAUGUCUCAGAAGGGUUUUUUAUUGUUAUUAGAGUUUAUCUUCUAAGUCUAUAGCGUUGUUAUUGUGACAAAUUUUAGCUGGAAGAAAAAUCUGUUAGUGGAUUAUUUUGUGGUGGAAAAGUCUGGGUAAUGAACUCCACUGAUGAAGUUUGAUUGUUCAUGUGGUAAAAAUAAUUUUUCAGAAAAAUGGAGAUGAACAUGAUACUUAAAUUUUAA